CCCGGAAAUGCUCCUCCCGCACAGGUUGCGGCGUGACCUGGAACGCUCCUGGCUUGUGCGCCGAAGGCUGACAAGACCCGGAGCUGCGGGAAUUUCAAGACUGUUCUGCUCUUGCCAUGAGGCUGCUGGGAGCCGCUGCCGCCGCGGCUCUGCGGCCCAGGCCGCUGCCUCAGGUCCCUGUAGCCCUAGGCUGGCAGGGGAAGCAGGUUAAUUGGAAGUCCUGCCGAUUGUGUUCAUCAGGGGUAAUUCCUAAUGAAAAAAUACGAAAUAUUGGAAUCUCAGCUCACAUUGAUUCUGGGAAAACUACAUUAACAGAACGAGUCCUUUACUACACUGGCAGAAUUGCAAAGAUGCAUGAGGUGAAAGGUAAAGAUGGAGUUGGUGCUGUUAUGGAUUCCAUGGAACUAGAAAGACAAAGAGGAAUCACUAUUCAGUCAGCAGCCACUUAUACUAUGUGGAAAGAUGUCAAUAUCAACAUUAUAGAUACUCCUGGGCAUGUGGACUUCACAAUAGAAGUUGAAAGGGCCCUGCGAGUGUUGGAUGGUGCAGUCCUUGUUCUCUGUGCUGUUGGAGGGGUGCAGUGCCAGACCAUGACUGUUAAUCGUCAGAUGAAGCGCUACAAUGUUCCAUUUCUAACUUUCAUUAACAAAUUGGACCGAAUGGGCUCCAACCCUGCGAGAGCCCUGCAGCAAAUGAGGUCUAAGCUAAAUCAUAAUGCAGCAUUUGCACAGAUACCCAUUGGGUUGGAGGGUAAUUUCGAAGGUGUUAUAGAUCUCAUUGAGGAACGAGCCAUCUAUUUUGAUGGAGACUUUGGUCAAAUUGUUCGAUAUGGUGAAAUUCCAGCUGAAUUGAGAGCAAUGGCAGCUGACCAUCGGCAGGAACUAAUUGAAUGUGUUGCCAAUUCAGAUGAGCAGCUUGGUGAGAUGUUCUUAGAAGAAAAAAUCCCCUCAAUUUCUGAUUUAAAGCUUGCAAUCCGAAGAGCUACUCUAAAUAGGUCAUUUACUCCUGUUUUUUUGGGAAGUGCCUUGAAGAACAAAGGAGUUCAGCCUCUCUUAGAUGCUGUUUUAGAGUAUCUCCCAAAUCCGUCUGAAGUCCAGAAUUAUGCUAUUCUCAAUGAGGAGGAAGACUCAAAAGAGAAAACCAAAAUCUUAAUGAACUCUAAAAGAGAUAAUUCCCACCCAUUUGUAGGCCUGGCUUUUAAACUGGAGGCAGGUCGAUUUGGACAGUUAACUUAUGUCCGCAGUUAUCAGGGAGAGUUGAAGAAGGGUGACACCAUCUAUAACACGAGGUCAAAAAAGAAAGUGCGACUGCAACGGCUGGUUCGCAUGCAUGCUGACAUGAUGGAGGAUGUUGAAGAAGUAUAUGCUGGAGACAUCUGUGCGUUGUUUGGCAUUGACUGUGCUAGUGGAGAUACAUUCACAAACAAAGAUAAUAGUGGCCUUUCUAUGGAGUCAAUUCAUGUUCCUGAUCCUGUCAUUUCAAUAGCAAUGAAGCCUUCGAACAAGAAUGAUCUGGAAAAAUUUUCAAAAGGUAUUGGCAGGUUUACAAGAGAAGAUCCCACAUUCAGAGUACACUUUGACCCUGAAAGCAAAGAGACAAUUGUGUCUGGCAUGGGAGAAUUACACCUGGAAAUCUAUGCUCAGAGGAUGGAAAAAGAAUAUGGCUGUCCUUGCAUCACAGGAAAGCCAAAAGUUGCCUUUCGAGAGACCAUUACUGCCCCUGUCCCGUUUGAGUUUACACAUAAAAAACAAUCAGGCGGUGCAGGCCAGUUUGGAAAAGUGAUAGGUGUACUGGAGCCUCUGGACCCAGAUAACUACACUAAGUUGGAGUUUGCGGAUGAAACAUUCGGAUCAAAUGUUCCAAAGCAGUUUGUGCCUGCUGUAGAAAAGGGAUUUUUAGAUGCCUGUGAGAAGGGCCCUCUCUCUGGUCAUAAGCUUUCUGGGCUCCGGUUUGUCCUGCAGGAUGGAGCGCACCACAUGGUUGAUUCCAAUGAAAUCUCUUUCAUCCGAGCAGGAGAAGGUGCUCUUAAACAAGCCUUGGCAAAUGCAACAUUAUGUAUUCUUGAACCUAUUAUGUCUGUGGAAGUUAUAGCCCCAAAUGAAUUUCAGGGACCAGUAAUUGCGGGAAUUAACCGACGACAUGGGGUAAUCACGGGGCAAGAUGGAGUUGAAGACUAUUUUACACUGUAUGCAGAUGUCCCUCUAAAUGAUAUGUUUGGUUAUUCUACUGAACUUAGGUCAUGCACAGAGGGAAAGGGAGAAUACACAAUGGAGUAUUGCAGAUACCAGCCAUGUUUACCAUCCACACAAGAAGAUCUCAUUAAUAAGUAUUUGGAAGCUACGGGUCAACUUCCUGUAAAAAAAGGAAAAGCCAAGAACUAACUUUCCUCACUUUGAGUUAACUAACUUUAACUGAAUCUGCAAGGUUUAGGUACUUUGAUGGAUUCCAGUAGAAUAAAUUCAGCCUGCUAAAACAAAUUUUAGAAGCCCUUCCUGUUCACAUUCAGGAGCUUCUAUUAUAUUCAAAGAUAAUUCUAUAUGUAUAGCUCAACUCUAUUGAUUGGUUUUAUAGUUCAUUGAAGAACCUCAAAUAAACUAUGAUUAUUACUGAAAUAUAUUUAAUAUUUAUUUAAGCGGGAGGAGACUAAUUUCAUUUAGACUUCUGAUGUAUAUAAACUUCCUUUUCAGAUUUUUUAUUAUGAGAUUUUUCAACAUACAGAAAAGCUGAAAAAACAGUAUAAGAAUAUUCAUAUACCUUCCAUCUAGAUUCAAUAAUGAACAACUUUGUUAAUAAUUUAUCCUGUAAUUUGUUUUGUCAUAUUUACUUGUUUGCCUAUGUCUAUGUCUCAUAUUUAAAACAAUUUUGCAAAUUAUUUGUAGACUUGAAAGUGAAUUGUGUACAUCAUGACACUUCUUGGAGUGUGAUUAAUGGGCAGGCUUUGCUGUUUAAGAGUGGAUUCCAUAUGAUCUUAAUAGCAGUUUUCAGAUUCUUCAUUAGGAUAUUAAAAUAUUAGCUAAAUUUUCAUCUUUUAUAUAUGGCUGAUUGCUUCAAUAUGUGGCUUUUGCAAGUUUGUAACUGCCUCUGUUUUAGGAGUAUAAAUAUUGCUUUCUUGCAGUCCUUUAUGAAGUUAAAAAGGGACACUUGCAUAUGCUAUUCUUAUGUUCAUCUUAAUGUUUCUGCAACCCUAAAUAAUAAAAUAUAAUUUAUAGAGCUGUGGCCCAGUUAGUUUCAGUCACUUAGUAAAGGAUGGUCGAAUUUUAGUCUAUUGGAAUUUAUCAUAUAUUGAUUGAGAUUGUGAAAAAACAAAGGUUAAGCUUUUAUUUCCAGAGUGAUUUGGGCUUUCCCUGAUAGUUCUAUCAGAAUUGCUUUAUCCAAAAAUCAUUUUAUGCCAUAGAUAUAUCCUAGUCCUUCUCAUUACUGAAGAAUAGAAAUAAAAUAAUUGCUAUAAAA